UGACCAAGGAGGAUUGGCUCCCAGAGUGCACCACCGAUAUUCUGUCCCAUAUAUGGGUAUGUCGUAAUACAAAAUUCGAAUUCAAACAGCCGCCAUUUUGUUCACUUCAACAUUUAAAUCGUGAAUUUUGGUCUUAUUUCCAAACGAAAAAUUCCAAAACUCACAAGAAACGAUCGAGAUAUUGGUUCGAAUCUUUUGAACUGUUUAUUUUGAAUUUAUAGUCGGUUUUAAUUUCAGAAAAUAACGACAUUUCGACGUUUUCAUUGUUGGAAAAUAUCGAGUUUCGAUCCUGGGAGCCAAUCCUCCUUGUGAUGACAUUAACUUGGACGCGUCCAACUAAGUAUAAAACUAGUAAGUACACGUGCUGAGUUCCUCAAUUUCCCCAUACAAGUGCAAUCUACGUACUACUGUAUAGAAAUUUUGUCAACCUACAGAAGUUAGGAAUAUGGACAGCAACAACAACAACCCCAUCCUAAAGGAUGUUAACCUCAACAACACAGCAUUGUAUUAUGGUGAACUGGAAGAGGGUCAAAUUAUAGACUCUGCUUCAUUAGGCUUUCUUCAGAACUCCACGACUGACUUUGGAAAUUCUGCAUAUAACAUGCCAUCACACACCAACACCAGCGGUUCACUCGACAAACAUGCUAAAGAAGUCUUGCUUCAGUCAGACUUCAAUCCAGAUCUUCAUGAUCCCAGGCUCGCUAAAGCCAGUGAUUCUAGGCUCUUUCCUCGAGGGAAUGAGGUGCAGGACACUUUUAGCAACAAACAUCAGAACCCCAUGUCUCACAUGAGACCAGGUGGAGACUGUUUACAGUCCGAUAAAUUGAACUCUAUAGGAUUCAAUUCUACAAACAUUCAGGCUUCUAAAAAGCUACUGAAAAAACAACGCGAUUUACAACGCUCCAAAGAACCCCUAAAUGAACCCCAAGUUUAUCAACAAACGGGGUCUGGAUUAGUGCAAGACAUCAUCAAGGGGUUAACUCCAACAUUGGAAAUGAUCGCCUCUAAUAAACAACUGGAUAUUGAGCUCUUAGGUCAACCUGAAAACAGGAACAGAUCUUCUCAAAGACGCUCACAACAAAGGAGAAAACGUCAUAAUUCCCCGGUUUCUUCACAAGACGAUAGCUCGCCCGCACGGACACUUAGCAUUAAACGGCAUCGUUCUGAUCACCCCUCCACUAGUGAAAUGGAAUCUCCCGACAGAGACACAACGCGCAUGCGCAGUGUUAAUAACCCGGAAAUGGAUUCCGAUUCUUCAGCAUCAGAAAAUGAUUAUGACUCGAAUUCGUGGAAAAACUGCAUUAAAUUGAUAAAAAAUGCAUUCCCGGAACACUUUACAACGAGCCCCGAUACCAACACGAACAAACAAACAGCAAAUAUUCCAUUAGGAUUACAAUCUUUGGGCAGGAAGGCAUCGUCUUCUGAGAAUUCGAAUGGAUUACCGAUCGGACCUUCUGUUCAACAAAAUUUCACAGCGAUGAACCAAGAAAUAUACAACAAGAGGAACACCAACGACGGUAAUUUCCUUCUCAGGCCUAAGCGGUCUUUCACUUCUUUGAAAGAUGAUGAACAUUUUUAUAAAAAAUGCAUCUUAAACAACACAAUCAAAGAAUUGGUUCCACCUACAAUGAAACUCUCUGAAUUGAGUAAUUCAACAAAUUAUAAGCUGCCAGCAAAACAUCACAAGCUGUUAGAGGAAUCAGCUAAAGCCCCCCUCAGAUAUUUAUCACACACAGAAUGGCUGCUAGGGGCAACAGGUAAAAUUGUAGCAGAAAAAUUCCCUGACAAUGAGGAUUUGAUUAAUUUGUUGUCUACAGCUUCUACAAUGGUCAACAAAGCAACCAGAGAUACUGUUUCAAACAUUACCAAUGUGAUUCUAACACAGAGGGAUCGUAUCAGUUCCAAAUUCAGAAGAUCUGAUGCGGAAUCACUAAGGAAUCUCCCAAUUGAUACGACCUACUUAUACCCAGAGCCUCAAUUAAAAACAAUUUGUGAAGGCUCUGAUAGAUCCAAAACUUCUAAAGCUCUACAGGAUCUGGCUUCAAACUGGAAAAAGCCCAAAAACGACAACAACAACUAUUCAGCUAAAAACAGCUAUAACAGAAAUAAUAACAGAGGCAAUUAUCACAACAACAACAACAGAGGAAAUUACAACAAUAACAGAGGAAACCACAACAAUAGAGGCAAUUACAACAAUGACAGAGCCUCUACAUCAACUAAAGACAAUAACAACAAACAAAAGAAGCGAAAAUGA